AUGCCCAUUAUUCCUGCAAUGAGAACCGGCGUGUAUGGUGGAAGCAGAUCGCAUGGCGACCUCCACAGCCUAGAUAUCAUCGAGGACAGGUCCUGCCGGGGAAGGUCUGGUCUUCCUGCGAGAUAUCAGAAAGGAAGAUUCCUGGGCAAGGGCGGCUUCGCAAAGUGCUACGAAGUCCAAGACCUCGAGACCAAAGAGAUCUUCGCAGCCAAGAUCGUUUCGAAGGCAUCCAUCACGAAGCCCCGUGCACAUGCCAAGCUCAGGUCAGAGAUUGCAAUACAUCGGGAGCUUUGCCACGACAAGGUUGUCAAAUUCUAUGACUACUUCGAGGAUGCCGACCAUGUCUACAUCAUGCUGGAGCUCUGUGCAAACCAGACUCUGAACGAAUUCAUGAGGCGCCGUCCCUCCAAACGGCUUGCAGAACCAGAGGCGAUUUUUUACGUCUACGAGCUCAUCCUCGCUUUGCAGUACCUGCAUCGCCGACGGGUAAUUCACCGUGAUUUGAAGCUAGGCAAUCUGUUCCUUGACCAGUCCAUGCGAUUGAAGGUGGGUGACUUUGGCCUAGCGGCACAGCUCGAAUACGAUGGAGAGAGGAAGCGUACCAUCUGUGGCACUCCGAACUACAUUGCACCUGAAAUCUUGGAAGGCAAGUACGGGCACUCAUUUGAGGUCGAUAUUUGGUCGCUGGGUGUCAUCAUCUACACCAUGGUCAUUGGACGGCCACCCUUUGAGACGUCGGAUGUGAAGACAACGUACAAGCGGAUACGAAUCAACCAAUACAGCUUCCCAGACUCCGUGCGAGUUUCUCCGCAGGUGAAGGAGCUGAUAGGUCGCAUUUUGCAGACCGAUCCCGGGAAGAGGCCAAGCCUCGAAGAGAUUCUGAACUCCUCCUGGCUUCGUUCAAGCAGGAUGCCACCGCUGAUGCCAGACAGCGUUAGCCAUUGCUCGACUUCGCCGCGUGUACAGGCAGGAUGUUCACACUUCACUGGGCUGACCCCCACAUCUGCUCGCCGUCCUGCGCUUUCACCCUUGGCCAGCGCUGUGCCAAACACACCUGGUAGAAGCCAGCAAGGCAGGCCGCCGCUAGCAGCCCGUGGCAACAAGGAGAACAUUGCCCCCAAUUGCGUGGGCGACGCCAAAGACGGCUUUGCUGGUUUCGUGCCAACGCUGAUGUGUGGUUGCAGCGCUUUUGCCUCGAACAAGACCUUAUCUUCUGCCAGGCUUGGCGACAGCGCCAGGAUCCUCGAUAGCCCCACAGCUACCGCUUUGGGUGUUCCAGGUGCAGGUGAGCUGGAAUUUGGCAGCUGCAGCGCCAGGCGGCCAUCGCCACGUGUGGCCUGCACCGAUGCAGGUUCGUCCCCGGCACUGCGGUUGGAGGCCACCCCCCGGCAAGAGGCAUUGGUGAGCCCGAUGGCAUCAGCUCGGAAGGUGCCACAAAUGCUGCAGUCUCGCGAUCGCGAGACUCAAGCGAAAGAGAGUCAUCGGGCUAGAUCUGAGCGGCCUGAUCGAACACAGGAAAUCAGUUCGAGUUUGCCGGAUGUUUGGGUUACGAAAUGGGUGGACUACGCAAGCAAGUAUGGUGUCGGAUAUGUUCUGUCGGACGGCUCCAUCGGAGUCCACUUCAAUGAUUCCACAAAGAUUGUGUUGGUGCCAGGUGGGACACACUUUGACUAUGUGACGCGCCGGACGCAAGAAAAGGCCGAGGAACGGACAACCUAUCACUGGGACACCUACCCAGAGGAGCUGAAGAAGAAAGUCACUCUCCUUCGCCACUUCAAGAACUACAUGAUGACGGACGUAUUGGAGAGGAAGGACGGGGCUUCCGCCGGCGAGUCCAGCCUCAAGCCUGCAAGCCUUGCGGCUAAGGUGACAUAUGCCCCUGGCCAGGUACCUUUUGCAGCUUGGCGAAGACUUUUCGUUGAUUUUCCUUGUCGUGCAUUGAUUGGCCUUCUGCAACUUGAAGCAACGAACCCCUUUGAGUGCUCCAUGGUGCUCCUGCAAGUUGAGCCGUGUCGGGCCUUCCGGCGUAAAGGUGCAACACCUGCCGUGUCGGCCUUUUUGCAUUGA